GUCUGUUCUCCAGACCACCAUGGUACCAGUAGUCUCUGAUGGUCUGUUCUCCAGACCACCAUGGUACCAGUAAUCUUUGUCUCUUCAGAUGUGGAACAACAGCAGAUCCAGAAUCACCUUCCAUUGGGAGAGGAGCAGUGACUGUCACAUCAUGGAGGUGGAGCCCCCUGCUGGGGAAAUAGAGAUGAACGAGUGUUUUGACCUGGAGCUGGUUCUGACCGGAGGGCGACCAGGUGAGGUCAUAUCCAGACUGCUGUGUCAUGUUCAGCACCAUCACCAACCUGUUGCUCUGGUCAUACAGGUCACCUUCAAGGUGAGAGAGACUCCUAUCAUAGCUGUCUAA